AUGCGGCGGGGGUCGGUGCUGCUGCUGCUGCUGUUCGCGGCGGCUGCGGCUGCGGCUGCCGAGCCGGCGUCGACGCUGUCUGGUCCAUCGCGGCCGGUGACGGUGCCGCUCCGGGAAGCCAGGGGCCACGCGGUGGACCUGCCGGACACGGACCCCCGGGUGCAGCGCCGGGUCACGGGCUGGGCCCCCGAGCAGAUCGCCGUCGCGCUCUCCUCCGAGCCCACCUCCGCCUGGGUCUCCUGGAUCACAGGGGACUUCCAGAUGGGCGGCGCCGUGAAGCCGCUGGACCCCGGCACGGUCGGCAGCGUCGUGCGCUACGGCCUCGCCGCCGAUUCGUUGGUCCGCGAGGCCACCGGCGACGCGCUCGUGUACAGCCAGCUCUACCCCUUCGAGGGUCUCCAGAACUACACCUCCGGCAUCAUCCACCACGUUCGGCUCCAAGGGCUUCAGCCUGGGACGGAGUACUACUACCAGUGCGGUGACCCGGCCAUCCCGGAGGCGAUGAGCGCCGUGCACGCGUUCCGGACGGUGCCGGCCGUCGGGCCGCGGAGCUACCCCGGGAGGAUCGCCGUGGUCGGGGAUCUUGGGCUCACGUAUAACACCACCUCCACCGUGGAGCACAUGGCGAGCAACCGGCCGGACCUGGUCCUCCUCGUCGGCGACGUCAGCUACGCCAACCUGUACCUGACCAACGGCACCGGAGCAGACUGCUACUCCUGCUCCUUCGCCAAGUCGACGCCCAUCCACGAGACGUACCAGCCGCGCUGGGAUUACUGGGGAAGGUACAUGGAGCCUGUGACGUCGAGGACUCCGAUGAUGGUGGUAGAAGGGAACCAUGAGAUAGAGCAGCAGAUCGGCAACAAGACGUUCGCGUCCUACAGUGCCCGGUUCGCGUUCCCGUCGAAAGAGAGCGAAUCCUUCUCCCCUUUCUACUACUCCUUUGACGCUGGGGGGAUCCAUUUCAUCAUGCUCGCGGCCUAUGCUGACUACAGUAAAUCAGGGGAGCAGUACAGAUGGUUGGAGAAGGACCUGGAAAAGGUGGACAGAUCGGUGACUCCUUGGCUGGUGGCCGGCUGGCACGCGCCAUGGUACAGCACCUACAAGGCACAUUACAGGGAAGCAGAGUGCAUGAGAGUGGCCAUGGAGGAGUUGCUCUACUCCUACGGCCUCGACGUCGUCUUCACCGGCCAUGUGCACGCAUACGAACGUUCUAACCGGGUGUUCAACUACACGCUGGACCCGUGCGGCGCCGUGCACAUCUCGGUGGGCGACGGCGGGAACCGGGAGAAGAUGGCCACCACCCACGCCGACGACCCGGGGCGCUGCCCGGACCCGCUGUCCACGCCGGACGAGUUCAUGGGCGGCUUCUGCGCCUUCAACUUCACCUCAGGCCCGGCGGCCGGCAGCUUCUGCUGGGACCGGCAGCCGGACUACAGCGCCUACCGAGAGAGCAGCUUCGGCCACGGCAUUCUUGAGGUGAAGAACGAAACGCAUGCGCUUUGGAGAUGGCACAGGAACCAGGAUGUGUACGGAGGUGUCGGGGAUGAGAUCUUCAUUGUCCGGGAGCCGGACAAGUGCUUGGUCGACUCGAGCAAACGUGCAUCCUAUUGA